UCUCGCCGUACAUGUCGUCGCGUCAUUUGGUUUGAGGCAAAAGAAGCGCAAGAUGCUUCAGCUGCUCUAGAUGUUGCUGCUGCUUGAAAGUGGCAAAGUGUAAACAUGGCUGUCCACGUCGAGAGCAGCCGGGGCUUCUACUUCAACACCGUCCUGUCGCUGGCUCGCUCGCUGGCGGCUCACCGGCUGGCGCCGCUCGAUAAGGUGCAAAAGCUGCAAUGUAUGUGUCCCGUGGACGUGCGAGGCGUCUUCCAGCUGGACGAGAGGCGUCGGGACGCCGUGCUGGCCCUGGGCGUCUUCCUGGUGGAGUCCAACCUGCAGCACAAAGACGCCAUCGUGCCCUACCUCCUGGGACUGCUCAAAGGACUUCCCCGAGUUCAUUGGAUCGAGGAGGGCUCGCAACGGAAAGGACCAGGAACGCUUCCCGUGGCCGAGAACUUCAGCUUUUGUUUCGUGACGCUGCUGUCGGACGUCGCCCAGCGAGAUGAAACCUUGCGUGGACAGAUUGUGGAGAGCAUCAUGGACGUCAUGCAAGUCCUGCAGGAGCUAUGCAAGAACCCGCAGUCUCACGAUAAAGCUCCCGCCUACGUGGAGUACACGUGUCGCUACACGGUGCCCACCUUGCUGGGCGCGGCGCGAGCCUUCGGCCGCUACAGCAACACCAGCGAGCCGCUGCUGUCCAAGCUGUUCCCGCGGCCGGCUGCGGCCGCCCCGUCGGCGGCUGACGACGGCGACGCGGCGCGACGGCGCUCCUUCAAUGACUUCCGCUCCAUCCUGCCCAGUUCCUUCCUCACCGUGUGUCCGCCGGAGACCCUGAGGUGCAAGGGCUCCUCCGUAUCCAUCGUGUCUCAACAGGCCAGUCCAGAGAGGACAAUGCUGAGCCCGAGCUCCCCGGCGGAGCCCUCGGCGCCGUACUUUGAAGGUGAGCGCCGGCGGCUCCUCCACCGACGCAGCCGAUCGAGCCGAACGCCCGACCUCUGUGCAGGCUCGUACCUGCCCGACGGGAGCUCCGUGGACCCGGACUACUACUUCUCCACCAUCAGUUCCAGCUUCUCCGUCUCGCCUCUCUUCACCGGCAGCAGCCGCGGAGAGUUUCACGUGGCCCUGGACACGCUCCGGCAGCUCCUGCAGAUGGUUGAAGACAUCGUCUCCGAGUCCUUUUUAAAGUCGCUGGACGAAACCUUGGCCGAGUUUUUGGCGUCCAGUCCCGGUCUUCACGUGUACUACAAAAGCUUCAGUGACCCGCUCUACGUGGCCAUCUUCAAGAUGCUCCGAGACACCCUGUACAACCUGAAAGACCUCCGGACGGACUUUGUGAAGGAGGUGCACGACUUUGUGCUGGAGCAGUUCAGCAGCAGCCAGUCGGAGCUGCAGAGGAUCCUGCACGACGUGGAGUACCUGCAGAGCGAGCUGAGCCCGCUCAAGCUGCGCUGCCAGGCCAACGCCGCCUGCGUGGACCUCAUGGUGUGGGCCGUCACCGAGGAGCAAGGAGCCGAGAACCUUUGCAGCAAGCUGUCGGAGAAGCUGCAGUCCAAGACUUCCAGCAAAGUCAUCAUCGCCCACAUGCCCCUCCUCAUCUGCUGCCUGCAGGGCUUGGGCCGCCUGUGCGAGCGUUUCCCGGUGGUGGCCCAUUCGGUCACCGCGUCGCUGAGGGACUUCCUGGUGGUGCCCUCGCCCGUCCUGGUCAAGCUCUACAAAUACCACAGCCAGUGCUCAGCGGGAGGCGGCGAGAUCAAAAUCCACGUGACCAACGAGCACUCCCAGUCCACCGUCGGCGCCAACUCGGCCAGCAAGAAGAGUCAGCCCUCCAUGUACGAGCAGCUGAGAGACAUCUCCAUCGACAACAUCUGCAGGUGUCUGAAGGCGGGGCUGACCAUGGAUAACGUCAUCGUGGAAGCCUUCCUGGCCAGCCUGUCCAACCGUCUGUACAUCUCGCAGGAGAACGACAAGGACGCCCACCUCAUCCCGGACCACACCAUCCGGGCUCUGGGCCACAUCGCCGUGGCCCUGCGGGACACGCCCCGCGUGAUGGAGCCCAUCUUGCAGAUCCUGCAGCAGAAGUUUUGCCAGCCGCCGUCGCAGCUGGACGUGCUGAUCGUGGACCAGCUGGGCUGCAUGGUCAUCACGGGCAACCAAUACAUCUACCAGGAGGUGUGGAAUUUGUUCCAGCAAAUCAGCGUGAAGGCCAGCUCCAUGGUCUACUCCACCAAGGACUACAAGGACCACGGCUACAGGCACUGCUCUCUGGCCGUCAUCAACGCUCUGGGCAACAUCGCGGCCAACCUGCAGGCCGAGCAGAUGGUGGACGAGCUGCUGGUCAACCUGCUGGAGCUCUUUGUGCAGCUGGGCCUGGAGGGCAAGCGGGCCAGCGAGCGGGCGGCCGACAAAGGCCCGGCCCUCAAGGCAUCGAGCAGCGCCGGCAACCUGGGCGUCCUCAUCCCCGUCAUCGCAGUGCUGACCAAAAGGCUGGCGCCCAUCAAGGAGGCCAAACCGCGCCUGCAGAAGCUCUUCAGGGACUUCUGGCUCUACUCGGUGGUGAUGGGCUUCGCCGUGGAAGGCUCAGGUCUGUGGCCCGAGGAGUGGUACGAGGGCGUGUGCGAGAUCGCCACCAAAUCGCCGCUGCUGACCUUCCCGAGCGGCGAGCCGCUGCGCUCGGAGCUGCAGUACAACUCGGCGCUCAAGAACGACACGGUCACCCCGGCGGAGCUCAACGAGCUGCGCGGCACCAUCAUCAACCUGCUGGACCCGCCGCCAGAGGGCGCCGCCCUGGUCAACAAGCUGGAUUUUGCCAUGUCCACCUACCUGCUGUCCGUCUACAGGCUGGAGUACAUGAGGAUGCUGAAUUCGCCCGACUCGGAACGUUUCCAGGUCAUGUUCCGCUACUUUGAGGACCGGGCCAUCCAGAAGGACAAAUCGGGCAUGAUGCAGUGCGUGGUGGCCGUCAGCGACAAAGUCUUUGAGGUCUUCCUGCAAAUGAUGAUCGAGAAGGCCAAAACCAAAGUGCACGAGGAGGAGCUGGAGCGCCACGCCCAGUUCCUGCUGGUCAACUUCAACCACAUCCACAAGAGGAUCCGCAGAGUGGCCGACAAAUAUUUGUCCGGUUUGGCUGAGACCUUCCCUCACCUGCUGUGGAGCGGCCGCGUGCUGAAGACCAUGCUGGACAUCCUGCAGACCCUGUCGCUCUCGCUCAGCGCCGACAUCCACAAGGACCAGCCGUACUACGACAUUCCCGACACGCCCUACAGGAUCACGGUUCCCGACACUCACGAGGCCAGAGAGAGCAUCGUGAAGGACUUUGCCGCCCGCUGCGGGGAGAUCCUGAAGGAGGCCAUGAAGUGGGCGCCGUCCGUCACCAAAUCCCACCUGCAGGAGUACCUCAACAAGCACCAGAACUGGGUGUCGGGUCUGUCGCAGCACACGGGUCUGGCCAUGGCCACCGAGAGCAUCCUGCACUUUGCCGGCUUCAACCGGCAGAGCACGGCGCUGGGGUCCACUCAGCUGACGGAGAGGCCGGCGUGCGUGAAAAAGGACUACUCCAACUUCAUGGCCUCCCUCAAUCUGAGGAACCGAUACGCCGGAGAGGUGUCGGGCAUGAUCCACUUUGCGCAGGCGCUGCGGGGCCAGCCGGACCUGGGCCGGCUGCUGGUCAAGCAGAUGGCAGAGGCUCUGGACUCGGCCCGGCCCGAAGGCUUCACGGAAGUCAUGUUCAAGCUGGCCGCCUUGCUCAUCAGCAGCAAAGAGUGCGACCCUCAGCUGCUGCACCACCUCUGCUGGUCUCCGCUCAAGAUGUUCAGCGAGCACGGCAUGGAGACGGCCGUCGCCUGCUGGGAGUGGCUGCUGGCCGCGCGUGCUGGCGUGGAAGUACCGUUCAUGCGCGAGAUGGCAGGAGCGUGGCAGAUGACGGUGGAGCUGAAGAUGGGCUUAUUCUCCGACGAGCAGCAGGAGGCCGACCCUCUGGCGGCGUCGGAGGAGAGCCAACCCGUACCCUGCCCGCCGGACGUCACGCCCCACCACAUCUGGAUUGAGUUUUUGGUGCAGAGGUUCGAGAUCGCCAAGUACUGCAGCGCCGACCAGGUGGAGAUCUUCUGCAGUUUGCUCCAGCGCUCGCUUUCGCUCAACGUGGGCGGGGCCAAAAGCAACCUCAACCGACACGUCGCGGCCAUCGGACCUCGAUUCAGGCUGCUGACGCUGGGCCUGGCCGUGCUCCACUCUGACGUCAUCACCAACCCCACGGUCAAGAACGUCCUCAGAGAGAAGAUCUACUCCACAGCCUUUGAUUACUUCAGCGUGUCUCCCAAGUUUCCUACCCAGGGUGACAAGCGCCUGCGCGAGGACAUCAGCGUGGCCAUCCGUUUCUACGCCGGCAUCCUGUCGGACAAGAAGUACCUGGCGGCGUGCCACCUGGUGCCCCCCGGUGAGCUUGGCACCACCCCGGCCCCGAGCACGCUCUCUGCCGGGAUAUUCGGAUCACUUAUCGUGUCCAGCACUUCUCCGAUAUCCAUCUUAAACAACCAGGACCCGUCGCUCAACAGUUUGUCGGUGAUGAACGCCGCCGACAUGCGAGGAGGCGGCGGCAGCAUCGACUCCAGCGCUCGCUCGCAGCAGAGCGGCCAGGGAUGGAUCAAUACCUACCCGCUUUCCAGCGGCAUGUCCAGCGCCUCCAAGAAGUCCGGAGCGUCCAAGAAGAGCAACCGAGGAACGCAGCUGCACAAGUACUACAUGAAGCGCCGGACGCUCUUGUUGGCUUUGCUGGCCAGCGAGAUCGAGCGUCUGAGCACCUGGUACAACCCGCUGUGCGCUCAGGAGCUGGCCAUCGCCACCGAGCAGUCGGUGGAGACCAGCAUCGCCAACUGGAGGUCCAAAUACAUCAGCCUGACCGAGAAGCAGUGGAAAGACAACGUCAACCUGGCCUGGAAUAUCGCGCCCUACCUCGCCAUGCAGCUGCCCAGCAGGUUCAAGAACGACGCCAUCACGGCCGAGGUGACCCGCCUGGUGCGUCUGGACCCCGGCGCCGUAAGCGACGUCCCGGAAGCCGUUAAGUUCCUGGUCACGUGGCACACCAUCGACGCCGACUCGCCGGAGCUGAGCCACAUCCUGUGCUGGGCGCCCGCCGACCCGCCCACGGGCCUGUCCUACUUCAGCAGCAUGUACCCGCCGCACCCGCUCACCGCGCAGUACGGCGUCAAGGUGCUGCGCUCCUUCCCUCCGGACGCCAUCUUGUUCUACAUCCCGCAGAUUGUUCAAGCGCUGCGCUACGAUAAGAUGGGCUACGUGCGGGAGUACAUCCUGUGGGCCGCGCAAAAGUCCCAGCUGCUGGCUCACCAGUUCAUCUGGAACAUGAAGACCAACAUCUUCAUGGACGAGGAGGCGCACCAGAAGGACCCCGACAUCGGUGAGCUGCUGGAGCAAAUGGUGGAGGAGAUCACGGGAUCGCUGUCAGGUCCGGCCAAAGAUUUCUACCAGCGGGAGUUUGACUUCUUUAAUAAGAUCACCAACGUGUCGGCGAUCAUCAAGCCAAUCCCCAAAGGGGAGGAGCGGAAACGGGGUUGUCUGAAGGCUCUGGCGGAUAUCAAAGUUCAAGCAGGGUGCUACCUGCCCAGCAACCCCGAGGCCAUCGUCCUGGACAUCGACUACAAGUCCGGGACACCCAUGCAGAGCGCGGCCAAGGCUCCCUACCUGGCCAAGUUCAAAGUGAAGCGUUGCGGCGUGAGCGAGCUGGAGCGCGAGGGCCUGCGCUGCCCGUCCGACUCGCUGGACGAGGACGGGGACAACCCGGAUGCGGCGCGGCAAGUCUGCUGGCAGGCGGCCAUCUUCAAAGUGGGCGACGACUGCCGGCAGGAUAUGCUGGCGCUGCAGAUCAUUGGACUCUUCAAGAACAUCUUCCAGUUGGUGGGCCUGGACCUUUUUGUUUUCCCCUACCGGGUGGUGGCCACGGCUCCCGGGUGCGGCGUGAUCGAGUGCAUCCCGGACUGCAAGUCCCGCGACCAGCUGGGCAGGCAGACGGACUUUGGCAUGUACGACUACUUCCGCAACCAAUACGGCGACGAAUCCACGCUGGCCUUCCAGAAGGCUCGCUACAACUUCAUCCGUAGCAUGGCGGCGUACAGCCUGCUGCUCUUCCUGCUGCAGAUUAAAGACAGACACAACGGCAACAUCAUGCUGGACAGCAAGGGACACCUCAUCCACAUCGACUUUGGCUUCAUGUUUGAGAGCUCCCCGGGCGGCAACCUGGGCUGGGAGCCCGACAUCAAGCUGACGGACGAAAUGGUGAUGAUCAUGGGUGGCAAGAUGGAGGCCACGCCCUUCAAGUGGUUCAUGGAGAUGUGCGUGCGAGGCUACCUGGCCGUUCGUCCCUACAUGGACGCGGUGGUGUCUCUGGUCACGCUCAUGCUGGACACGGGGCUGCCCUGCUUCCGAGGACAGACCAUCAAGCUCCUCAAAGGCAGGUUUAAUCCUCAGAUGAGCGAGAAAGAGGCGGCGGCGUUUAUCAUCAAGGUCAUCCAAAGCUGCUUCCUCAGUAGCAGGAGCAAAACCUACGAUAUGCUGCAAUAUUACCAGAACCAAAUUCCCUACUGAGCUGAGCUGAGCUGCUGGCGGCGGCGGCAGCAGCAGCGAGUCCAAACCCUUCAAGCAACAGCGCUUUAGUCAAAGUGCUAUCACCCUUCAAGCAUCAUCAUCACCACCUCUCACCUCCGUGCACUUUAUUUCUCGCACUAUUUCAAGAUCAAAUCAAGAUCAAAUGUUACUUUGUGUGUUACUUCUCAGGCCACGAGGACGAGUCAUCGCUGCAAAAUCAUUCCGCAGCGGCACUCUAGUGUGUUCUGGAAACUUUGUGUGUUGUGUGUGUGUAUGCAUGCGUGUGUGUGUGUUUGCCAACUCGUUUUGAGCUCUAGAAAAUCUCAAGUUUUAUUUGGCCCUUGUGCAAUGGUUUUGAACUAUUAUGACUUCUUGCGAAUAUGUCCCAAACUAUCCAGAAACACUUGAAAGUCAUUUGACCCUUAAAAACAAUUGACUCCGAGUGAGAGGAGAAAAAUUGGCUGAUAAAAUACCUGAGGAAAAAUUCAGCAACCACAACAAAUGGCCAAUUUGGGGAUUGAUUUUGCUCGGCCUCCCAGUAGUAAGCGUAGUGUGCACAAAGCCAAGUAUGAGGGUCCCUCAAAAUGCUUGCGGCAAACACACACACACACACACACCUGCACGCGUGCUGAACCUGUUUGGAAACAUUCCUUGUUGUGUGUCAUGUGAUGACUUUUCCCCCAAACAAAGCCAUGUCCUACUUGACGCAAGCGAGCAACCCGAUAAGCGAUAUGCAAAAACUAUCUAUCUAUCUAUCUAUCCGUGUGCUGUGUUUUUUGGAGUGUCAAAGUGCCCUCGUAUCCUGACUCGUUGGUCUUCGAGGUGCAACUUGGAUGAAUGUUGGCCAUUUGAGCUCUCAAGGUCCAAAUCACGCCAACGCGAGCCCUCCUCCAUCUUCUUGGCUCUAUGACACAUCCUUCGUGAAAAAGGCCCGCGUUUGCGCCCGAGAAAUGGUUUUCUUUUCCAUAUUUGUCGGCUCAUUCCACUUUUCUGUUGAUUCGAAAAGAUUAAAGCCUCACUUGAAA